AUGGCUUCAUCUGCACCGGUGAAUACUGGCGAUGGACGGUCUUCAUUGCACCAGCUCCUCGAUAAGCGAACAGAGAUAAUGAUGUUCAAGGCCACCAUCGAUGUCUCUAGGCUCUUGGGGCCGCAGAUGAUCCGCAACUUCGAUGACCAAAUUGCGGAGCUCGAUCAGAAAAUCACACAGGCUCAGGAAGACCAAAGCCUGGAGUCCACCAGGGUGAAGACUGAGGACAAUCCGCAACAGGGUCAGAAUAUCGAGCAGGCUCCCAACGACCAAAGUCUGGACCCUGCCGAGGCGAAGAUUGAGGCCAACCCGCAGCUGGACCGUACUUUUGCAGGUACCUCAGAGCCUGAUUGUCUCGAUCAAAAAAGCAAUCAAGCAGCUGCUGCGUUACAUGCCAAUGACGCCAACCCAGAGAGCAACGACAACGGCGAUGCUGCUAGCCACGAUUCAUACACAACUGAUUCGGAUGCUGACGAUCCCAAUGAUGGCGAUUUUGACCCAAAUGAAGUCAAGGUCGUCAAACGCCGUGAGAUUGCGCGGGAUUCUAGGACUGCACACGAACGGGAGAACCGAAAAUUCGAGAAAGAGCUCAAAUUUCCCGGGACGCACGGCUAUGAAGACGAUCAACAAGGCGAGAAAAGGCCGCCUCAGCAUACCAACCUUGGUCCGCGCAAACGGAGAGCUGGGCAAGCGGACACCGGUACUGUCAAGUUUGCUAUGGUAAAUCCUCGGGGGGAGUCAGUUAUGCCAACCGACCUCGAAGCCAAUCCAAUCGUCGCAGCCGAUACAACGACGAGAGAGGCCUUGCGAGAGCAGCUCAUGGCCACCAGCAAAGACAUACACCUGACCAAGGCAGGCUGGAACGAGCUCAACAAGGCUGCUAGGCUCAUGGGUCUCAAUAAUUGCAAGCCUCAAGGAGACAAGUGGUCGCUGAAGAACUUCAAGCUUCCAAUGUACCAUCACCAGCUCCUGGGUGCAGACUUCAUGCUCAGACGCGAGAUGUCGCGCUUUGGUCCCAAUGGGGGUAUCAACGCGGAUACCAUGGGCCUGGGGAAGACUGCUCAGACCCUAGCCACCAUUGUCGCAAACCAUCCUCAGCCUGCUGACCUUGCGGCUGGACGAAAGAUUACCUUAUGGUUAAGCCCCUCGGGCUCGACCAAACAGCUCAUCAACGCAGUAGGGAAGUUCACUGAUCUCAAAGCAAUCAUCUACGACCGUCAAAGCCUAUUGAAGACCCGUGGGCGCGACCUGCGAUCAUGCCUCGAGGAGAACGACAUCGUCAUCGCGACCUAUGAAGCAUUGCUCAAGGAUUUUGUGAACGCGACACAAGCAAAAUACGUCAGAAGCGGCAAUUGGUCGAUUGAAGAGCUGCAUAAAAACUACUCUGCCAACCUAGAUGACCUAUUCAAGACCAAGUUCUACCGACUGGUGUGCGAUGAAGCACAUAGGGUUGUGAACUACAAGACACAGACACACCUCGCCGCAUACUAUAUAGAUGCGCAGUACCGUUGGAUGCUCACGGGUACACCUAUCUUGAACUCUCUAAAUGGCAAGUCUCGGGUAUAUGAUGUUUGGAAUAUCAUAUUGACUUGCUUCGCAGAGCUCUGGGGGUACUUGAGUCUGAUACGCGCCCCGUGGAUUACGACCUUCAAGCACUUCGUCAAAGAUUUUGUCAAGAAAAAGUACAGGCUUGACCGCAUGGUGCAGGAGGUGGCCAUCAGAAGAGAUCUUCGAGACGAGAUCAUGGGCCUCAAAUUUUUCGAGUUGGCCGCCGACAAAAGAGAAGUGAUGAUCGUCUCACCUGGGAAGCAUGAGAAGCCCAUCAUAAAGGCUUUCGAAAGGCUCUUUCGCGCAUAUUUCAACACGCAGUACAAUGAGGACGAAUUUGAGUUCGGCCAAGCAAGCGCCUCCAAAGGGAAAUCCGGUACUAAGGGAUACAAACCCAAGCGAAAUCUGACGCAUAUCCUCAGACUGCGUGAGAUGUGUAGCACCCUCUUUUCGAUGAAAUCAAUGAUGCAAAACGCAGAGGAUUGCGGGGCCGUUGAGGAGGUCAUACAAGACCUGAAGUUCCAGCCUGGCGAGAACCCGUGGUACGACUGGCUGGUGCAAUUACGCAGUUAUUACCAUAAGGCGGCGGCAGGUCAGGAGCCAGCAAUUUCCCAGUUAUGCGAGCUCUGCAACCAGGAAUCGGAACAGACAUUGAAGAUUCAAGUGAACUUCCCUGGAGUUCUGGAAGCCGUAGAAGCUUCGAAAUGCCCCCAGUGCCACAUCGAGGAUUCCUCCUUCAGGACUCAGGUCCACGACAUGACGUUCGCUGCUGUCAUGAGAAGAGACCUGGUGUUCAAAUCACCACAUGGUCAAGGGUCUGGCCGAAAGGGCGUGGGGGACGGGGGCAAGCGGCCGGGUGUGGAUUUUUACGGGCGCAUGCCGAGGUGUCAGGUCAAAUCUCCUGUCUUUGCUGCAAUGGACAGCGGCGAUUUCGAGGGCCUUGAAGAAGCCAAGACAACCGCCAUUGUGGGCUGCGUCCGAACUUGGCUGGCCGAGGUCCCCGACGACAAGAUCAUCAUAUUCGAACAGUUCACGGAAGGAUGUAUCAGCAUCGGCCGUGCCUUGGAUUCAAUAGGCGUCAACUACGCCUAUUAUGUCGGAGACUUCCAGACAGAAACCAGGCAGCAGAUUGUGGAAGAUUUCGAGGAGAAAGACGAUGUCCAGGUUCUGGUCAUGUCUAUCAAAUGCGGAGGAGAAGCUCUCAACCUGCAGCGUGCCAACCGAGUCAUUGUGGCCGAACCUUGGUGGAACGCCUGCGUGGAGGAGCAAGCCUUUGGUCGAGUGUUCCGCCUCGGGCAAGAAAAGGAUACUUAUCUUAUGCGCAUCCUCCUCAAGGGAAGCAUCGAGACACGCAUGACUAAAUUGCGAAAUAACAAGGCCAAUGCCAUUGCCAAAAUGCUGCAAGAAUCCGUGCCCAUCCAGAAGGACCUGUCGCCAGGGGAGAUCGCAGACUACUUUGGACGCGCUACCGAAGACAAAGAUGGACGACUUGUUGUCGAGAGCGAUGAUGAGGAUGGUGAGGAUGAUGAGUAG